AUGGCCACCCUGCAGAAGCCUGCGAACUUUUCCCCUCUGGGGACUCUGGCCGCCAGCUGCCUUCUCCUCAUUGCCCUGUCCGUUCAGGGAGGAGCAGCUGUGCCCGUCAGGUCUCACUGCAGGCUCGACAGGUCCAACUUCCAGCAGCCCUACAUCACCAACCGCACCUUCAUGCUGGCUAAGGAGGCUAGUUUGGCUGAUAACAACACAGAUGUUCGUCUCAUUGGAGAGAAACUGUUCCGCGGAGUCAGUAUGAGUGAGCGCUGCUAUCUGAUGAAGCAGGUGCUGAACUUUACCAUUGAAGAAGUGCUGCUCCCCCAGUCUGAUAGAUUUCAGCCCUAUAUGCAGGAGGUGGUACCCUUCCUGGCCAGGCUCAGCAACAAGCUAAGCCAGUGUCAUAUUGAGAGUGAUGGUCAGCAUAUCCACAGAAAUGUGCAACAGCUGAAGGACACCGUGAAAAAGCUUGGAGAGAAUGGUGAGAUCAAAGCAAUUGGAGAACUAGAUUUGCUGUUUAUGUCCCUGAGAAAUGCCUGCAUUUGA